GCCACGCGGGAGUGACGUAGGCAGUGACUGACGGGCAGGAGAAGCUAGCGGCCAAUGAGGACGCCCGAGCGUGGGCGGUGUGGGAGGCGGGAUGAUCACCGAAUCAAUGGAAAGGCCGGAGUGGGGUUAAUGCGGGACCGAAGAUGUAGCUAGCAGAAGUAUGACAUUUAGUGGGGAGGUCUAAGCGCGAGCGGCAUGGUGGGCGGCGGGAAGAUGGAAUGACUACAGGCGAUGGGGGCAGCGGGGAGCGAACCCAGAGGUCCAAAAAGUGGGAGAUCCGCAGGUUGCGUAGGCGGUGAGACGUAAGAAAGAUAAAAAAGAACAGCCAAUGGAGAACUGCACGCGAAUGAUGUAGAGGCAGGAUGACGAUAAUGAUUGCAACGAGCCAAUGGGGAGUCUUGUGAGAGUGCACUAUGGCUUCAAGGGGUGGUAACAGGGUGGAUCUAGCCAAUACCGACACUGAAAGGAGGCUGGAAGAUAUUGUGUGAGCAUACACGGAGGCGGGACUGAAGGGGGGAAGAGCCCUUGGGCAUGUGAGGAAUGGAGGUGGGAGCGAGAAAGAGAUGGGGAGCCAGGGUAAAAGCUGUGAGAUCUCUAAGGGCAGUGCCAGUAUAGGAUUAACCAAUGCCUAAACUGGAAAGUGUAGCUGGACAGAGACUCUAGGGGCAAAAUGGGAAAGCAGAACCAAGGGUGGUGGUGUAGGUGAUGUGAGGGAAAGCAUAAGUAGCCAAUAAUUAGGUUAGAGUGGAAGAAGGUGCAUAGGGUGAGCCAGAGCUAUUCAGUGCAAAGAAUCCGAAUUCAGGCAGCCAAUAAAGAGAUUAGGCCUCUGAAGAAUGGAUUUACCUUCCCCCUAACUUUCCAUGACUCCCAUGACCCCCACGAAUUUCCACAGCCCCUAAAAGCCUAGACUGUACCAUAGUGUGAGACCAAAGCAAAACAGCUCUGCCAUCAGUUACUGGGUGUGUCCUGCCCCCCCCACACACACACACCUCCCAGCCUUUGCGUGAACAGUGCAACUAGCCAAGAACGCUCUUGAUUGUUCCUUAAAGUUCCCAGUUGAGCAUUGGUGUUCUUCAGGACUUGGCACCAUUGGGAAAAUCAAUCACAAUAUAGGAAAUAGAACUUUUUGAAGGAUUAGCUUUUUCUAACUUGCACUCAGCACACAUUGACCCUGACAGUAUGCAACCAGUUGAUUGAGCAUGUUAAUAGACUCCAGCUAAUCCUGCCCUUCUUGCUCAUUUUGACACUUUGCACCCCACAGUGGCUUCCUCUCCCCACUUUCGUUCCCCAUCUCUGUUGGGACCAUCUCCUCUGCCCAGAGUGCUGUCUCAUCUGUUUCCUUCCUCUAGUGAAUUCCUUUCGUUCUCCCAUUGAAACCUCACCUUCUAAGGGAAUGGAAUAGACUGCCAGCAUGUUCAUUCACACAUCACCGUUUCCGUCUUACUAACUUACUUAUUAGGCCUUACCGUCUGCCAUAUGCCAGGUUCGGGGAAUGCUUUUAUCUAGCCCUCACAGUACUCCUAGCAGGAAGGCCAUCCCUUGGCCCCUACAGUGUCUCUGCUCCUCCAGUCUGUGGCCAGGGUCAUGAAAGGACUAUGUUCAGCUACAAGAAGCAGAAAAAUAAUAAAAUGCUGAAGGCUUAAACAAGGCAGAACUUUUCUUUUUUUUUCUCAUCUGAAAGUUCAAGGUGGCAAGUAAUCUCAGGACUCUCAUCCUGUCUGCCCGUUUUAGGUAUCAACUGCCCUGGUCUUGCUUUGGAGUCUCAUUCUUUAGCAAAUCCUGUAGGUUAUUUAUCCAAAGCAUUUCCCAAGCAGAAUGUGGUGAUGCACAUCUGUAAUCCCAGCACUCAGGAGGCUGAGGCAGGAGGAUCACUGAAUUCAAGACCAGCCUAGGCUACAAGUGUGAUCUUGUCUUUAAAAAGAAUGGUUAGGUGCAUUGCAGCUCAGUGGUAAAUCACUUCCUAGCGAGGGCAUGGGCCCCACCUCUAGCACCAUUUUUUAAAGUCCCAAAUCCACCUUUGCACUAUCACUCUCCCAACAGGACCAGCCCCAGUGCCAGUCACCUGGGCUACUGUAGUAGCCUCCUCCUGCUUGGUCUCUGCCCCAUGUUCCUACACCCUAUUCCAAACUCAGCAAUCUAAGGUAUCCUCCUAAGUCCUGACAGUGAUGUCCCUCCUCUGCUCCCGAUACUCCAAUGGCUUCCUCCGCACUUGGAGGAAAAGCCAACCCUCCAGGGUGUUGUAAAAGGCAUAAUCUAACGAGUCCUCUUUGACCUUACCUCUCGUUCCUCUUGCUUUCACUCACUGCACUCAAGGCACACCAGACUUCUUGUAGCUGCUCUCCAAAUCCAGUACACUCACCUCAGGGCAUUCCCAUUGGCCCUUCCCUCCAGGUCUGCAGACCUCUCCAUGGCUCUCUUCCUCUCCUACGCCAGGUCUUUGUCAAAGAUCCCUUUCCCUGGGGACUUUCCCUGGCCUGUUCAAUUCUACCCAUUCAUCUUCAACCCGCAGGCCUCCAGAUCUUCUUCCCCAGAAUCCUACAUGAGCAGAUAUAGUUAAGGUGGAGCAGAGAUGCUGACCUCUGACAACCUGACCUCCCCUCCAGCCCUUGUUCUGCAAAGAUCCUGGCUUUCAGCUUCAGUAACCUUAGCCCUCCCUCACCUGAAGCCCCACUCAAGUAGACUCCUGGGAAUCUCUGUCACUAACCCUCAUUCGUGUUCCCUGCCACCUCUCUGGCCAGUCUUCUCCACAGAGUGGCAGGAACAGGCAGAUGGUCACAGGGAUAUAAAGGAGGAUGCAGAUCAUACCAUGAACCCUGAGAAAGCCAGCACCUAUUCCAGAAAGAGACGGGUGCUAGGGCAGGCACUAGAACUGUCUCGGUCACAUAGAAGAUACAGGGACUAUUCGGGCCCAAGUAUACAGGGAGCAGGGAUCAUUAACUUGAGGGCAUGCCCACAGUCAGCUGCCCAGGACUCCCUGUUAGGUAUGUUCUUCAGCCCUCCCCUCUCCCCUCCCACACACAACCACUCUGUUAAGCUCCUAGGAUCCCUGCAAAGCUCCAAAGUCAGAAAGAGGACCUCAUCCCACCUCUGUACCUCCCUUUCGCCUCUGUACCCCCCUCUGCUUCCAGCCGCCACACAGGCCACGUUUGCUCUUAGAUAUGUCCCACCAACUUAGAAGCCCCAACCAGUGAAAGUUUUGCUUUGAGCUAAUGGUAGGAAGGGUGGAGGGUUUUUUUUUUUAUUGUUGUUGUUGUUGGCUGAUAUUUUUAGGUCUUUUUUUUUUUUUCUAUUCACUUUUUUCCCCUCUUGUCUUUACAAAGCCAGGCCAUCAGUUCCACUCUUGUCUUUUCUAGAAAGGCCCGAAGCUGGUCUUGCAAAGAAGUUGCAGUUGGAUACCUGGAACUCUACGCUCUCUGGGGUGCCAGGGCACCAAAAGCUGGAAGCUUUGGCCAUGCCUUGUCAGGAGAAAUCUGUAGAGGCUGGUCUAUGUUAAGCAGUGGUUGGAGGGAGCAGGUCUGUGCCAAAGCGAGAAAAUGCAACUGCCAAUCUUGUACAAAAACUUGAAAAGCUCACAAGCGUCAAGCUCCAGAAGAGUCUCCAAAUCCCAGAACUUCCCUGUCAUCGAAUCCUAGAAAUUAAAACCCGACACUGUGGGCUUCAGGAAAACUGGGCACUCAGAACCCAGUGCUAAGGACCCCUAUUUUCCAUCUUUGUGAUCUUGGACAAGUUACACCUCCAUUUUCCCCAUCGGUAUAAUAGCAAUACAGUAAUGAUGAGAUGGACCUCAAAGGGUGAGGAUUGAACACAAUUGUUUGUGAGAAAUGGUCAGCUCUGUGGCUGGAAUGCGGAAAUUUCUAGAUAAAUGUUGGCUACCAAAAUGAUGGCAGUGACUUAGAAUCCUAAACCUUUGGGAACUGUAGCUUUUCUUUCCUUCUGUUGUUUAGGUUUUUGAGACAGAAUUUGGCUAUAUAGCCCCAGGCAGCCUUAAACUCUUGAUCCUUCUGCCUCAGCCUCCUGAGUGCUGUGAUUACUGGUGUGUGUUAGGAUGCUGGGUGAAACUGGGGCUUUUCAUAGCAGAAUGUCACAAAGGCUGGUGAGGGGUGGGGGGUGUCAGAAUCAUCAGGUUAUAGUUAUAUUGUUCCUGACAGGAUGGGAACCCUGGGCUGCCUCGUGUAUGACUUUUUUUCCCUUAAUCUUGUUUUGGUGGUACUGAGGAUGGAACCAGGAGUCUUGUGCAUGUUAAGCAAGCCCUCUGCCACUGAGCUGCAUGCCGAGCCUUUCUUACCCUAGCCCUUGGUUGUGAUGUUCGAUGCAUUAGUAUGGGGCCGUUAGGGCCGUUCGCAGGUGGGUGACGGCUGGGUCAGAGCGCUGAAGCAUAAACAGCACGUGGAGAUUCUUUCCUCUUCACGCAGAGACUCGCAGCAGAUUCUAGGAGCCAGUGAUUCUGAGACUGGUUGAUUCUAUGAAUUUGUGGUAGGAGUACACCCCACUUUCUUUCUCCAUGAACUGCAUUACAUAGCUCUUGCCUUCUAUGGAAAGAAAGGUUACAGAGGUGUCCAGAUCUCCCACCUUCUGGCAACAGGAAUGGUGGUGAUCAUAUUGAUUCUACCUAAGGAGAAACCGAGGCCUGAAGCAGGAUGCAGCCUCUGGAAACCAAGCACUAUUCCAUCUCUUUCUUUGCUGUUUCCCAUCCAGAUGUUGGGCUUCAGAUCCUUUCUCCUGUUCAAGCCAGGAGUACUCAAACAUCCUCCCAUGCACAGAACCGCGUCUCUACCUGCCUUGGGAUGCCUUUGUGAUUUAUCUUCCCUUAUUUUUUUUUUCUGACUCUACACACUUUUGUUUAAGAAAUUGUGGUUUCUCAUGAGCCCUGUUAUCUCAUUGAUACCUUUUACCUCUGUGGUGAGGGGAAGAAAUCAUAUUUUCAGAUGACUUGUAAAGGGCAAAGAAAAAACCCAAAAUUUCAAAAUUUCCGUUUAAGUCUCAUAAGAAAAGAAUAAACAAAGCGAGAGAGAGAAAAAAAAACUAUGAGAACCCCCCCACCCUGUGAUUAUCAGCACACACACACUCAUCAAAAAAAAUUGGAUUAUUAGAAGAGAGAGGUCUGCGGCUUCCACGCCGUGGUUUUUCUUCUCGGUAUAAAAGCAAAGUUGUUUUUGAUAAUGUGGCAGUUUCCCACAAGCCAGGCUGAUCCUUCUCUGUCAGUCCACUUCACCAAGGUGAGUGUCCCUGCUCUCCCCAACCAGACACAGCUCUGCUGGAGAAAGUGUCAGGAAGAUAGCAGUUGGGGGGGUCAGGAGCCCUCCAAUCCAGCUGGAAACCCCCAGCCACUGUCAACUCCAGGUAAGGACUUUUGAAACUAAUACCAUUUAUCCUAAGUACCAGAUAGGUGGAGCAGCCAGUCCUUAGACGGGGACAAAAAGAAGAAAAUGGACGGUUUGAUACACAGAUGGACAAGGUUUUUUAAAUGCUAGUCUCGAUGAAUGCCAGAGCUUUGGCUGGAACUGGGCACUUGAACUGCAUCUCAUUUCUUUCCUCUUGAUGCCCCCCACUUCUUUUCCUGUCUCACUCUGUUUCUUUGUCUGUCUCUGUCUUUCUCCCGUGAAUGGCCACUCGCUGUCCAUGUCUUUCCGAGGCCCUGACGAGAUUCCUCUCUGUCUCUUCCAUCCUGACCACCUGUGUCCCAUUGCUUUCCUUCACCUCUCCUACUCUCUGGGCUCACCUUCCUCCACCUGCUUCUCCUCCCAGUAUCCAGCACAGAGAUUGGACCACCGCUGGCACUUGCUAAUAAGGACUGGAGAACUCCGUUUUCCAAAAAUGGCUAUCAGUUUUGUUGGUCCUCGGGGGAAGAGGGUUGUGAGCAGCAGGUCAGUCUUAGCAUUUAAUUGAACUUCUGCUGUGUCACAUAAGAGGACACGCUCUAGAAAGGCACUUCACAGCGUGGUCAACCAUGGUUUAGCAAAGGACUGUGUGAGUGUGACCAGAGUUCAUGUCCAUGGAGAACAGGCAGUUGAGGACUAGGGUGAGCUAGUCUCUUCAGGCUUAGUCCUGUGGCACUGUAUCCAGAUAUGGUAAGUUCUCACUGUUAGCUGUUAGUAUUUUUAAACAAAUUAGAAUCACGCUGUAUUUGGGGUUUGUUCCUGCUUUAUUCAAUCAACACCAUUUUUGUAGCAUACUAAAAAAAUGAACACGUGAUCUUUCAUGUCUGCCAUGACUGUCCUCACAUCACACUCUGAAUUGCCUGAAUUAAGUGCUGAUGGUUGGAUAUUCAGGUUUCUUCUAAUUUCAAAAAUCCAUGACUGACUUCUUGGACCCUGAAAAUGGAGUAGCUGGGAAGAAGGAGUAUUUGUUUUAAGGGUUGUUUUUUUUUUUGUUUUGUAUUUUGUUCUCUCUACAAAUUGCUUUUCCAAAAUGCUGUCUUGUUUUAUGUUGUUUCUAUUCAAGCUAAUCUUAGAAUCUUAGGUGGGUAUACAUUUUUAAUCCAUCAUAAGAAGAAGUUAUGUUGUCAAAUUUUGCAUUCUUUGGUGACUUUUAAUGACUACUGGCCAUUUGUGCUUUGUGAACAAGAGUUGUAUGAUCAUGUUCUUACUCCUAACAGAGUACUCAAGAUUUUUUUCUACAGAUUUUAAUUUGGAAAGGAUAAUAACUUUCUAUUGGCUAUAUGUAUAUAGCAAACAUUUGCCCCAAGUUCAUCAUUUGUGAAUAUGUGUGUUUCAAUUUUAUUUAUUUACUUAUUUUAUGGGUAUGCAUGUUUGCCUGCAUGUGCACCAUAUGCGUGCCUGGUGCCCACAGAGGCCAGAAGAGGGUGUGGGAUCCCAUGGGACUAGAGUGACAGAUGUUUGUGUGUUGCCACAUGGAUGCUGGGAAUUGAAGCCACCUCCUCGGGAAAAGCAACCAGUGCUCUUAACCAGUGAGCCAUCUCUCCAGCUCCAUUUGUGUGCUUUUCUAUUGUUUUUGUUUUGAGACAGGGUCUCACUGUAUAGCCCUGGCUGGCCUAGAGAACUCACUGUGUAGACCAGGCUGACCUCACAUUCACAGAGACCCAGCCAUCUGCCUCUGUCUCACGAGUGCUGGGAUUAAAAGCACACGUCACUAUACCUGACUGUCAUUUGCUUUUUUUUUUUUUUUUGACUUAUUGUGCUUUGUAAUACACAUGUGUUUUAGGUAUUCAGACUACUCUUUUCUCAUGUGGCUUCUGUCUAUGGCUUUGUGCUUUAAAAGUAUUUUGCCACUUGAAAAUGAGAUGAUUGUUCACCCCAUAUUGGCUUCCAGUCUCCUUUAUGGCUUCAUUUUUUCCAUUUACUACAGAGGUCAAAAGUGUGGGUACUGGAGCCAGACUGUCUGGAACAACCUAGCCUUACCUCAAGUCAUCUAUGUGAAUUUUAACCAUCACCCAACCUCUCUGUCCCUCCCUUUCCUCGUAUGUACUGUGAUGGUUAUACUAGCACCUACCUCAAAGGCUCUUUCUGGGGAUUGGAUCUAUUAAUCAUGCUAGGUGCUUAGCACAAGGCUGAACACACAAUGACAGGCAUUAAAAUGUAUGUCUUUGGGGAAUCUGGAAAUUAUUCUAGAGCCUGUGAUGCUGGAGACAUUUCAAGUGGGCCGAGAGGUACUGGUAGGAAAGUGGACUGAUCACUCUACCCAGUCACUUGACUUUCUCCUGUCUCAGAAGCAUUUGUUAAUCUAGCCUGCACGAUUCCUCAUGUUGAAACAUUGCAUUCAUCACAAAUCCCAUUCUCUCUAUGCAUAAGUCUAUGGCCAAAGCUUUCUACUCUGCUCUGGUCCUUAGUAGUUGUCCUUGUACAAGACCAAUACUGCUUUUCUGAUGUUGCUUUGCAAAACAAUUCAAUACCAGCCAUGGGUGUUUCUGGCACCUGGCGGCAUUAGUCCUCCAGCCAGAGGCCAGUGAUUAUUUGAGUCAAUCCUCUCUCUAUCUCUCUGUUUCUUUCACUCUUUUUCUCAUUAUUUCUCUGUCACUGUUUCUCUAAAUAGCUCUCACGUCUCUGUGAUCUAGUUCUGUUCCAUCUCAUGUUCCUCACUCUAUAUCUCUCUCUCUCUCUCCACCUGUAUCUCUUCUUCCAUGUCUGUUUCCCCAUAUCUUUAUUCAUACACAUAUGGGCACACACUAACACACAUGAUGGAUGGAUGGAUGGAUGGAUGGAUGGAUGGAUGGAUGAAUGGGUGGGUGGAUGGAUGGAUGGAUGACAGGACAGAAAGACCCUGGCCUUCCUCCAUCCCAUACUCUUUCCAGGCCUCACAGAGAUGUUGUGUCAGUUAAACCCAAGAUCAGAUCUCAGAAUUCUCAGUGGGACCUUGCCUCUGACCAUCCCCCAUUGUGGCCUCAGUUUACCCCACAGUACCCAGGAGACCUGAGAUGUCAGUCCCCCUUUCUGCCUUCUCAAAAAUUGGAUCCAGAUUUCAGCAACAUGGUCCAUAAUCAUGGACUGAGGCCAAGCCUCAGAAACUCUGGCCUAUGUAAGACCCUGGACCCCAUGAGUCAGAAGCUGACCAGAGAAUAGUAAUGAUGGAGGGAUAUCAGUAAGAAUGUGUCCUCAGAGUUGGUGCUGGAUUCCUGGAGAUCACUAUUCUGAGGUCUUUCCAAAGAGCCUGGUGGUGUACUCUUUCCAUGAGUCCCAGGCCAAAUGUCUUCCUCUUGCCCCUAUCUCUGGCAGAACGUUAUGAUUUGGGGAAUGCUGUCCCAGGAUAGGGGGGCUGGAGCCAUAUGUAAGUGUCCAUUUAUCAGUGAGACAUUUUGCUCAGCAUUUUAUAUGUACUAACUUUGGCAGAUGGCCCCUGUUACUGUCCCAAAUUAGGAAGGAGGGCAAAGCCUGUCCUACAGAUCAGGGCAGAAGAGGGUCCUUCCAAUUCUCUGCCUUUAGGGAGCUCGGGGAGGAAGCUGAGGAGAACUUGCUGACAUUCCAGGCCCAGCAAGAGGCCUUAUAGAGUUUUGGGCUUCCUAGCCUUUAGGUGGUUCCCAUUUUUUUGGACUCUGGGACAGUGAUCCACACAGUGAGAAGGUGAAUCCAUGCACCCUACAAAGCUUGUAUUCCUGAGAUCCUGAAAUCCAUUGGCUCUAAGAAAUGAGACCCUACAGUUCUAAGUUUCAGCUACUAUACCAUUUGAAGACCCAACGGGUCUCAAUAUCCAUGAGGCCUGCCUAACACUCACCAAGCGUCCAACCUUGGGCCUCUCUGACAUCCAAGAAAUACAGGAUCUACAGAACUUGGGGUUUGCAUGGUGGCCAGAUGGACGUCACCUACCACAUCCGCUAGCACCCACAUCACCCUACCUGGGCCUAUCCGGCUAUGGGAUGGACCAGGCAGUUCUCGGAACGAAACCUGUGGGGUGGGUUGUCUGCCCCCUUCUCUUCCUCUGUUGCCGAUGAAGCCCGGUGCAUCCGGCCGCCAUGACGUCAAUGGCAGAAAAAUCUGGCCAAGUUGGGGUUGUGACAACAGGGCCCAGAUGUAGACCCCGAUAGGAAAACAUAUUCUAUGUCCCAGAAACAACCUCCAUACAGCUUCUGAGAAACAGUCAAAAAGGGACGCCCCAACAGACAGUGCAGGAAGCUGGCUGGCCAGCCCAGCCCUCUAGGUCCCUACUACCACUAGACAGACCAUCUCCAAUUUGGGUCCCCUUUCUGAGAAUGUACUAAUGCUUCCCAGAGUCACACCAGUUCCAGAUGUAUUUAGGGAGAUUUCUUAUAAGUUCUGGCCAAAUAUCUAGACUGCUUCAAAAGUGACCAUGGUCCGCCCAUGAGGGCUAAGCCAUUAUGGUGGAAAAUUCUACUCACCGAACUUGAUACAUAUUUGCUUGGACUGCUGUAAUGAAGUAUCACAAACUGGGUGACUUAUACAGCAUAGUUUAUUGUGUCACAGUUCUGGAGGCUAGAAGACCAAGAUCAAGAUGUCAGCAGGACUGGCUCCUUUUAUAAUCUCUUCCUGGCCUUCUCCUAGUUUCUGAUUGUUUUCUUUGCUGCCCUGUGCCUGGGAGAAGCAUCACCUCAUGGCUGCCUGCCUUCAUUCAGUCUUUCACCUCCUCAUCUCAUCACUAUUCUAUGAAGCCCGUGUUCUCAGCCUCCACAGACCCAGACCCCUGGUUCUCACGCUAAUGGCUUAACCCCUGAGACACUACAGUUUUAAUACCUAGGUAUUAAACUCACACCAGUCUCUCUCAGGACCACAGUUCUGUCAUCUCCAUGAUAUGAUAGCAAAGAAGAAAUUGCCUUCCAGAACACUUCUGUGCUCCCCUGGCUGUUUUCAGAAGCCAUCUGCCCAACCCAGGUAGUAUAGUAGACUAGAGAAUGACAUACACACACGCACACAUAUACAGAGCAGGGAGUUUCUGAACUGUAGACACGGAUACAGACUUCCUAGAGAAAGAUGUGGAGACAUCAGUCUGGAAUGGUGCCUUGUAAUCCCAGCACUCAGAAAGCAGAGGCUAACAGUUCAAGAACAACACAGCUAUGUAAGGAGUUCCAGGUCAGCCCAGGCUAAAUGAGACCCUGUCUGAAAAGGCUAUAGAAAGACUAUAGAAUUAUGAACCUGGGCACCCCUUUAAUUUAAAAGGGGGGUAGAAUUAUAUAGUCACUUCAAGAUCUGGUUGCCUCUCUGACUAGAACUGUAAGAUCCUGAAAGAAAAAAAAAGCCAUGCCUCUGAGGGGCUGUAAGAUACUGGGGCUCAGCAGAGAGGCCUAGGUCACCAUACAGGGCUUUGAGGAGGAACACCAAAGACUGAGGUAUGGCUAGGGGAAGAGGAUAUGAUGUAGGAAUUCCAACCUUGAGGAACAUAGAUUGGGGCAAGUAGGGGUGAGGCUAAUUUGGGGGGCACCCAAAGGCCCUAGAUCAAGAAAUCCUAUCUCUCUUUUUUUUUCUGGCACCUGCCAUGCUAACUCCAUGCAAGACAGAAGCCCAGAGAAGACUAACCCCCACCGUGGCCCUGAGCUCUGCAGUCUUGAAUCCAGUUCCCUGCCCGCAUGUCUAUCCAGGCAUCUAAUGCUUACCUUUGCGUCUAGCCACAGCUGACUGCUAUCACUGCAAACUCGCUCCUCCAUCCUCCAUCUCUGGUAGUGCCCACUUUGUCACAGCUGCUUAUGCCCAACCCCAGAAGUCAUCUUGACCCUUUCUCUCAUCUCCUACAUCCAAGCUUCCAGCAACUUUGCCCGACUCUGUCUUCAAAGGAGACUUAGUAUCCAGCCAUUUCUUCCCAGCUCCUCUGCGUUAUCCAGCCUGCCUCUGACAAGAACCCAAUGCCCAACCCCAGGCCAGCCAAGCCCGUAGCCCCUUCCUUGGCCCUUGGUCCAUCCCCAGGAGUCUUGCCAAGCUGGAAGACUGCACCCAAGGCCUCAGAGCUCCUAGGGACCAGGGGUCCUGGGGGAACCUUCCAAGGCCGGGACCUGCGAGGUGGGGCUCACACUUCUUCCUUGAACCCCCUGCCACCAUCACAGCUGCAGCUGCCUACAGUACCCCUGGUCAUGGUGGCCCCCUCUGGGGCCCGACUAGGCCCUUCACCCCACCUGCAGGCACUUCUCCAGGACAGACCACACUUCAUGCAUCAGCUCUCCACUGUGGAUGCCCAUGCCCAGACCCCUGUGCUACAAGUGCGCCCACUGGACAACCCGGCCAUGAUCAGCCUCCCACCACCUUCUGCUGCCACUGGGGUCUUCUCCCUCAAGGCCCGGCCUGGCCUGCCACCUGGGAUCAACGUAGCCAGUCUGGAAUGGGUGUCCAGGGAGCCGGCUCUACUCUGCACCUUCCCACGCUCAGGGACACCCAGGAAAGAUAACAACCUUUUGGCUGCCCCGCAAGGAUCCUACCCACUGCUGGCAAAUGGAGUCUGCAAGUGGCCUGGUUGUGAGAAGGUCUUCGAGGAGCCAGAAGAGUUUCUUAAGCAUUGCCAAGCAGAUCACCUCCUGGAUGAGAAGGGCAAAGCGCAGUGCCUCCUGCAGAGAGAAGUGGUGCAGUCUCUGGAACAGCAGCUGGAGCUGGAAAAGGAGAAGCUGGGUGCUAUGCAGGCCCACCUGGCCGGGAAGAUAGCACUGUCAAAGGCUCCGGCUAUGGCCUCAAUGGACAAGAGCUCUUGCUGCAUUGUAGCUUCGAGCACACAGGGCAGUGUUCUCCCAGCCUGGUCUGCUCCCCGGGAGGCUUCGGACAGCCUGUUUGCCGUGCGGAGGCACCUCUGGGGAAGCCAUGGAAAUGGCACCUUUCCAGAGUUCUUCCACAACAUGGACUAUUUCAAGUUCCACAACAUGAGACCCCCUUUCACCUAUGCCACCCUCAUCCGAUGGGCCAUCCUGGAAGCUCCAGAGAAGCAGAGAACACUCAAUGAAAUCUACCACUGGUUCACACGCAUGUUUGCCUACUUCAGAAACCACCCGGCCACCUGGAAGAAUGCCAUCCGCCACAACCUGAGCUUGCACAAGUGCUUUGUGCGAGUGGAGAGUGAGAAGGGAGCGGUGUGGACCGUAGAUGAGUUUGAGUUUCGCAAGAAGAGGAGCCAACGCCCCAGCAAGUGCUCCAACCCUUGCCCUUGAUCUCAAAACCAAGACAAGAAAGAUGGACAGGGGCCAAAACACGCAACUGAGGCUAUGGAGGCAAGGAGGCAAGUCCCGGACAUAUCUACAGAGACCAGGCAAUGAUGUUUCCGCCGUCUUGCCUGUCAGGGCCUCUGCUCCCUGUCUAGCUGCCCUCCUGGAUUGUAUCUUCUGCCGUAAGGCUGAGGGACACCAAUCCCAGCCCAGCCCCUAUCCCCAACCCAUUCCCAAGAUGGGCUUUCCAGCCAAACAGCCCUCAUACCCAGCUAUACAUACAGCCUGCCUUGGCCACUCCCAAGCAGGGAAAUGACACAGACACACACAGUCAUAAUCCUGUCCCCUGGACUCAACCCAAACCCUAAAAGACAAAGAGCCUGCCUUGGUACAUUCUUCUGCCCUCAAAGUUGCAUGGUCCUGCAGUCUCACACGACUGCAGUCCUAUUGACUCCUACCCCAAAGCACUCACGCACAACAUCUGGAACCAUGGGCACCAUCACAUAUAGGUGUAGAUGCAGACCCUUGCCCAACAGCAGCACUGGAACCUUCCAGAUUCCAUCCCAGAAAACCACACAGGCAUAACUGGUCAUACACAGCCUCAUGCAAUGCCCCCAAAUAAUCAACAGUCAGACAAUUUGUCAGAACUCACACACGCACACACAU